AUGAAGAACGCGGGGAUACCUCACAAGACCCUGCCUGACCCGACAAGGGCCCGAAGCACAAAGGAGCUUGAGCCGGGAAGGGACGGCCGCCCUCCCGGGUCUCCAGCCGACGUCUGGCUCCCCUCCCCCCCUCUGGACCGGGGGGGUCAUCCCGGUCUAGAAGGGCAACCACUGGGGCGCAAAUCUGGGCCCAGAACAACCACCCUGCCGUGGAACACCUACCGAGCGGCACCCCACAAGAUGGCCGCCGCUCGCAAGCCAUGUGCGCGACCGGCCAGCAUGACAGAGCCGAUCGCAGAGAAGACCACCCAGCUAGAACAAGGCAAGUCUAGGGACAAAAACAUCUACCACAGCAGGGGAAAGAGUGGGGCUGAAAGAGUUACUAUACCCUCUGACCGCAACCGACGACCCCUGGGGGAGCUGUGCUCUCACGCUGCAUGA